CCAGAUUCCGAGGCACGACAAGUCACUCGGCCAGCCAGGAGCGUGCGUUUGGAUUCUUGAUCCCAAAGGUUGCCCGCAUGAUCCUUUCACUAAUUAUUACUCGGGGAAUUUGGAGGAUUUCCCUCCACCUGGGCUGCCUAAUUAACUGGCCACUCACUGCUUGCAACUCAACGACAACCAACAACCAACAAUAUUUUCCUGUCGCGGAUUUGCUAGUUCACAGUCCUAGCCGCGAAUCAUCUUGUCGCAUGCUGGGCUGUGCCGCGAUGACUUCACCGCAGAAGCUCCGACGUCCGAGGGGUGCAGAGUCGCGAACUCACCCUGAGUCCUGAGCUUCACAGACACAAUUGAAGUUAUGUGCUUCAUUCGCCGCACAAAGGAAAAUCACGGCUUGUACAAGACAAUUGUUAGGCUGCCUUUAUCCACUCCAAUCGGAGUUCUAUUGUCAAGGUCGCUAUGCCGACUGUUCAGUGGUGCUCCUCAAAGAGCGAGACUUGAAGUAUAUAACAUGUCGUCCCUGUACCACGGUGUCGAAAACAACACUUUUAUUAAUACUACUGAGUUCUGUC